CUCCUGCUCGGCCACAUCCUGGACUACGACGUUCCUCCGGAGGAGAUCCCGGACACAACUCAGGGUUUGGCCUUCUUCGUGGCCUCCAUCGUCAUCGGCGUGGUUCUGGUAACCAUCAUGCUGGUCUGUGGAGUGGGGAACUGCUUCUUCAUCGCCAGCCUGGCCCGUGUCAGGCAGCUGAGGAGCCUGACCAACAUGCUGAUGGCCAACCUGGCCGUGUCGGACGUGCUGGUGGCGGCCGUGUGCUGCCCCUUCCUGCUGGACUACUACGUGGUGAAGAAGCUGUCCUGGGACCACGGCCUGCUGCUCUGCGCCGCCAUCAACUACCUGCGGACCGUCUCGCUCUACGUGUCGACCAAUGCGCUGCUGGCCAUCGCCGUGGACAGGUACCUGGCCAUCCUCCACCCUCUGAAGCCCCGCAUGCAGCAGCAGGCGGCGUGCGGCGUGAUCCUGACCAUCUGGCUGGUCCCCGUCUUCCUGUCCAUCCCGUCGGCCUACAUGGCCUCAGAGACCACCUACCCCCACAUCCAAGGCCACGCCCACAAGACCUUCUGCGCCCAGGUGUGGCCCGCCGACCAGCAGCUCUACUACCGCUCCUACUUCCUCCUCGUCUUGGCCCUGGAGUUCGUGGGCCCUGUGGCCGUCAUGGCCGCCUGCUACGCGCGGAUCUCCAGGGAGCUGUGGUUCAGGGACAUCCCCGGCUUUCAGACGGAGCAGAUCAGGAAGAGGCUGGUCAGGCGUCGCCGCACGGUGGUGCUGCUGAUUCUGGUGCUGGUGGCCUACGUUCUGUGCUGGGCGCCGUAUUACGGCUUUGGCCUGCUGCGCGACUUCUACCCAUCAGUCAUCUCCAGGAGCAGGAACUCCCUGGUGGCGUUCUACAUCAUCGAGUGCCUCGCCAUGAGCAACGGCGUCAUCAACACCGUCUGCUUCGUCAGCGUCGGCGGCAGGAAGCGCCUCAGGAAGGCCGCCGCCGCCCCCCUGCGGCUGCUCGCCCUGGCCAGGAGGUCUCUGGAUGAGGGCGAGGCCCAGACCUCCUCCCUGAGGGUGACCGAGGUCCUGGAGGGACCCCGGCCCAGGUAGGGGUCCGGCCCGGUUCCUCUGCACAGAACCGCAGCUCCACCUGCAGAACCCGACGGUUACCAGAACAUCAGCCGUCAGGAGUCCCGAAACAAGAGAAGAAGAAACUGGAACAUGUGGAACAUCUAGAGCUGUAAACCAGGAAGGUUCCUGACCGCGGAACCAGAACCGGGAACCAGACUGCAGAACAACCGGCAGUGACGGCGCCACCUGGUGGCUGUUUGCUUUCUGUGGAGGAAACUAAAAACUAAAAAAAGACGCCUAAAUACUUAGAGAAGCAUCUGCUUAUAGUUUCAGGUCAGUUUAAAGGAAACUUUAUAUUUCAGUAAGCAGACGACUGAAACCCGUUCUAGACCAGAACCUCUGUAUGAAUUAUGCCACAGCUAAUUUAAAUAAAGCAGAAGAAAAUGUGUCUGCAUUGGAUUUAAUUUAAAAGUUUUUCUCAGCAUCAAGAUUAAUAAAACAAGAAAGGAAAUUAUUAAAAUCCAGUUUUUCAGAAUAAAAAAACACUAAAAUUUAGGAUCUUUGUUGGUUUUCCCCCCGAGAAAAGGAACGUUUGAUUUAAACGCAUCAUUCAGAAGUUCUGACCCGGUUCAGCUUCUGUUAAACUCAACGCCAGCAGAAUUUAAAAGCCUUCAGACGUUUUAUUGCAUCCUGAGGCUUUUAAUGUGGUAGGAUCAGGAAGUAGAGCUGUGGCGUUGUAGCAUUUUAUUUUCACAGUAAAAGCCUUCCAAUAAAAGGCUUUUACUGUGAAAAUAUGUGCAAUGCACUAAAGAAAGCCUAAAGAAGCUAAACAUUUUUCUUUUCUCACACUUCUGGUUCAGUUUAUUGUUAAAUUUGUGAUAAUUAAAGUCUGUCCUGCCUUCACAGUGAAAAUGUUGCUAUUAAAAGCUUCAUGAGUCAAACAGGUUAAAA